CUCUGUUGUAACUUAUUAAUAUUAGUCAAUAUAAUUUUUACUUAUCAUUUUAUAAUAAUAUUAUGGAGCAAUCCAUGAAAAAUUUGAAUAUGAAAGAUUCAGAAUAUGGUUAUGUACAUGCUGUUUCUGGACCAGUUGUUACAGCAAAUUAUAUGAGUGGCUCAGCUAUGUAUGAAUUGGUACGUGUUGGUCACAGUCAACUUGUUGGAGAAAUCAUUAGAUUAGAAGGAGACUUUGCCACCAUUCAAGUUUAUGAGGAAACAUCUGGUGUUUCUGUUGGUGACCCAGUCUUAAGAACUGGUAAACCACUAUCUGUUGAGCUUGGUCCAGGAAUUUUGGGUAGUAUCUUUGAUGGUAUCCAGCGACCGCUGAAGGACAUUAAUGAGUUAACAGAAAGCAUUUACAUUCCACGUGGUGUAAAUUUAAACAGUUUAAGCAGAACUGCUCUGUGGGAUUUUGAGCCUACAGAUUUUAAGGUUGGGGAUCAUAUUACUGGGGGGGAUAUUUAUGGUGUUGUUCAGGAGAACUCGUUACUUAAACACCACAUUAUGCUGCAUCCUAAAGACAGAGGUACCAUUUCAUUCAUCGCAGAACCUGGAAGUUAUACUCUUAAUGAUGUUGUGUUGAAAACUAAGUUUGAUGGAGAAGAAAAAGAACAUACCAUGUUGCAGGUCUGGCCAGUACGUCAAAUGCGUCCAGUUGUUGAAAAGUUAGCGGCAAAUUAUCCUUUGCUCACAGGUCAACGUGUUCUUGAUUCACUUUUCCCAUGUGUGCAAGGUGGAACUACCGCCAUCCCUGGCGCUUUUGGUUGUGGAAAAACAGUUAUUUCUCAAUCUUUAUCAAAAUAUUCCAAUUCUGACGUCAUUAUUUACGUUGGUUGUGGAGAGAGAGGCAAUGAGAUGUCUGAAGUCCUUCGUGAUUUCCCAGAGCUAACAGUUGAGAUCGGUGGAGUGGUUGAAUCAAUCAUGAAGAGAACAACAUUGGUCGCUAACACAUCAAACAUGCCUGUAGCCGCACGUGAAGCCUCUAUAUACACCGGUAUUACGUUAGCUGAAUACUUUAGAGAUAUGGGUUAUAAUGUCAGUAUGAUGGCUGAUUCUACAUCUCGAUGGGCAGAAGCUUUGCGUGAAAUUUCUGGACGUUUAGCUGAAAUGCCUGCAGACAGUGGCUACCCGGCAUAUCUUGGCGCACGUCUAGCUUCAUUUUAUGAACGUGCAGGAAAGGUGACAUGUGUUGGUAAUCCAGAGAGGGAAGGAAGUGUAACAAUUGUAGGUGCAGUGUCUCCUCCCGGUGGCGAUUUCUCUGAUCCUGUUACUUCUGCUACUCUCGGCAUCGUGCAGGUAUUCUGGGGUUUGGAUAAAAAGCUAGCUCAGAGAAAACAUUUCCCAUCAAUCAACUGGUUGAUUAGCUACAGCAAAUAUUUACGGGCAUUGGACGACUUCUACGAAAAGAAUUAUCCUGAAUUUAUUGCGCUGCGUGCGAAGAUAAAAGAAAUUCUUCAGGAAGAAGAAGAUUUAUCUGAAAUUGUUCAACUUGUUGGAAAGGGUUCUUUGGCAGAAUCGGAUAAAAUAACUCUAGAAGUUGCCAAACUGAUCAAAGAUGAUUUUCUCCAACAAAACGGUUACACGCCUUACGAUCGCUUUUGUCCAUUUUAUAAAACGGUUGGCAUGCUUAGCAAUAUCAUAGCGUUCUACGAGAUGGCCCGACAUUCUGUUGAAUCGACUGCGCAUGCGGAUAACAAGAUAACAUGGAGUAUAAUCAAGGAGAACAUGGGGGAAAUUUUGUACGCCCUGAGUAGUAUGAAGUUUAAGGAUCCAGUGAAAGAUGGCGAGCCGAAAAUCAAGUCUGAUUUUAACGAGUUAUUAGAUCAAAUGCAACAAAGUUUUCGAUCACUGGAGGACUAAACGCCUGAAAAAUGUGUUCCACUGGUUUUUUGUAAAAAUCGUUGAAAAGAUGCACCGACCAGUUUCACGCCAUAAUUUAAAUAACAAUUUUACAAAUGUAAUGAACUCGUGAUAAUAUUACAACGAAUGAUUCUGAAAUAUGAAAUUCUUCACUGCAAAA